CCCUCACACUGGGGAGCUCCAUUUUCAAACCUUGCCAUCCCAAAGUGAAUUCUCAAGCCCAAGAAGAAGGUAAACUCAGUGCCAACUCAGUAGCUUAGGAGGAAUCUCAUUUCAGAAUGUGGAGCUCCAGAUCGUUCCUGUUCCAGGUCUGUUUGAGUCUGGUGGUUUCUGUUGGCUCCUGCACCUGUAAACCUCUCAGUAACGACAUCCAGAGUGAGGACCCAAGGGAAAUCUACACCCAGCUGUCACAGGAAGAUCUCCUGGAGGAGGAAGACACUGACGCCAGGAUGGAGAACCUCCUGGGAACCAUGAAGGAGGGCUUUCUGAGGCAACUCAACCUGUCAGAUGUUCCUCGGGAUCACAGCAAGAUCUACCCUCCUCCAUUCAUGAUGGAGCUUUACGACAAGUACGCCUCGGACAGCUCAACGAUCCCUCAGUCAGAUGUCAUACGAAGCUUCACUGUUCAAGAUAUCACACUGUCUGUCACAAAUGGCACAAAGUCAAAGCACAGGCUCCAGUUCAACGUCAGCGUCCCCAGCCAUGAAAAGAUCACGACUGCUGAUUUACAGCUCUUCUUCCUCCCACAUCCAAGGUCAGGGGUCACCUCCCACAACUUCAAGGCCACCGUUAAAGUCUAUGAAGUGGAUUACAACGAUUUGACAUCAACAACCCAACUACUGGUUGGCAAAGAGGUUACAGGCUCUCACAGCAUGUGGGAGACGCUGGAUGUGACUACAGCUAUUCAGAGCUGGGUCAGGUCGGGCCGUGGCGCAACAGUUUUUGAUGUAGUGGUGGAUCGGAAGGACUGUGGAGCUUCUUACAGUGGAGAAGAAGGAGCAGGCUGUUUCAAUAUGAGCGUGUCUGUUGGAGAUAACACCUCAGCGGCUUUAAUAGUCUUCUCAGAUGACCUGGGUAGCAGGAGGAGGGAGACGAAGAAGGAAUUAAGAGAGAUGAUCCUCCAUGAAGAAGACACCAUCUUACACUCGGGCGCCGACUGGAACAGAGGAGAUCAGCUUCCAAACCAGAUCCUGGAGGCUCAGCAUCCACGGAGAAGGAAAAGAAAGGCGGAGAGGGAAUACUGCCAGCGGGCCUCUCUCAAAGUCAGCUUUAAAGACAUUGGCUGGGACAGCUGGAUCGUGGCGCCUCCAGAAUAUGAUGCCUUCGAAUGUCGAGGCCUCUGUUACCACCCACUGACGGAUGAAAUGACCCCAUCAAAGCAUGCCCUCAUCCAGACGCUGAUGAACAUCAGGGACCCCAGCAAGGCCAACAUGGCGUGCUGUGUUCCCAUUAAACUGGACCCGAUAACAGUCAUGUAUCAGGAGAACGGACGGCUCACCAUCAGAUACCUUUAUGAGGAGAUGAAAGUGGCAGAGUGUGGCUGCAGGUAGUCAGAGAGAUUCUCCCGUACUCUACUGGCAGCAAAGGUGAUUGUGAUGGAUCUAAUGCUGCAUUUCAAGUCAGGCCAAGUAGCACAAGUAUAAGAACAAACUCGGAGGCCUCUUGCUACAUGUUUAAAAGAGUGAGCUACCUGGGAAGUUAAUGCUUAUCUAUUUUCUUUAAUAAAUAUGUAGGUAGUGGGUUAAUAAUUUAAAAUAUUCCUCCUCAUGAAAUAGCAAAUGUUACAUCAAUGUUACUUAAUACCAAGACUAAAAGGCUAAAGCAUGCUAGCAGCACUGUGAAUUUUUAUUAUUAACGACCUACAGUGUUUUGAGCUAAACGCUAACAUGCACACAAUCGCAUUGCUAACAUUUUGGUAACUUUUUUUUUUUUUUUUUAACCAAAGUCAUGAUCUUAUGUUGGCGUGUUAGCAUGCAAACAUUAGUUAAUCAACAUUGAACACUAUGUACAGAUUACUUUUACAGGUUGGCUAAUUAGCUAUAAUGCAAUGUCCCCGCUGGAAAAAAACAGCAUAGACCAGCACCAAAACCAGCACCAAAACACAACAUAUGCUGGUCUUGCCACUAACCAGUCACUAGCAAGACCAGCAUAUGUUGACUUUUGGUGCUGGUCUAUGCUGUUUUUUCCAGCAGGGGUAUUAGCCCAAAAGUAGUCUUGACCUAAUGAUGGCACUAGAUGAUAAGUCAGGGGAUCACAGUUAAUUAAACUGGGCCUCUGGCAAUCAUCAAUGUGAGUACCACAGCAAUUAAUAAAAUAGCUGAAGACUUUUCUUUCUUUUUUUUUUUUUUUAACCUCAUGGUCCAUAGAGCUAGGAUGGCUAACUAGCAUGCUAAAGGCCAUGCAAUGCUAAUAUUAACUACACUGUGUUUAUAUUUUUGACACUGAAGCUAUGAAACAGUGAUUCCUGAAAUUCAAAAUAAUGAUAUUUCUGGAAUGCAGUAUGCAUAUGUAACGUGUUAAAGGCACAAAUCAGAAACCCCAAGGACACUGUGUAUUUAAUACUGGUUAUAUGUACAUAAAAUGCUUUACUUUAUAUUGCCUUGAUCUGAUGUGUAUAAAUAACACUUAUGAAACUGUAUUUGUAUGAGGGAAAUAAUGUAAAACAUAAAAGUAUGUAAAAAGUACAGUUAAAAUAAAAGUUGAAAAUUAGAUGUAUUAAAAAAGAGUCUACA